AUGGAAACACAAUUCCAACUUUUGUUUGAUAAAAUGAAAUUGGAAAUGCAACAACAAUCGGUGGAAAUUACCGAAACCAUCACAAAUAGCAUAAUGUCAAGAAUGGAUGACAAAUUAAUGCCGAUUCUGGAAGAAAAUAAAUUCUUAAAACAAAAAAUAGAAACUCAGGAGAAAGAAAUAGAAUAUCUAAAAAGAGAAAAACGAAAUAACAAUAUAAUUAUAUUUGGUGUGGAUGAAAAAGAAAGAACAGCAAUGGAAUUAAUAAAUAGUAUUAAGAACAUCCUUAAAAGGGACGUAAAUAUUGAUAUGGAUGAAAAUGCAAUAAACAAAAUAUAUAGAUUAGGGAAAAUAACAAAAGAAAGUAAUAAACCAAGGCCAGUACUGUGUUCAUUCGUAAACGAAUGGCGAAAGAAUGAAAUAAUGAGAAAAAAGAAAGAUCUUAAGGAGAUAUAUAUUACUGAAGACUAUCCAAGGGAAGUUCUGGAAAAAAGAAAGGCAUUGCAGGUAAAGUUAUUGGAGGAAAGGAAGAAAGGGAAAAUAGCAUUUUUGAAAUAUGACAAGCUCGUAAUAAAGGAAAAUGAUCCAAUCAACGAUAAAAGAAAAAGAGAAACUUCUUCUUCUCCAAAUUCCUCAGAUGUUCAGCCAAAAAAACAACAAGCCAUAUCCUUCAAAGCCAAUAGAACGAACGCAUUCGACGUAAUGAGAAUGAGAUCUACCUCUCUUUCUAACGUUUCUUCAAAUAAACAACAGUAGCAACUAAAUCUCGGCAACCGGAAAAUACAAAACUAUACCAUUGAAAUACAACCAGCAUGCAAAACCAACCCUCCCCCAAGCCGAUUGGUCAUCGUGGGGGAAAAUGACCAACACCCUCUAAGGAAAGACAAGCGACAAACGAAAAAUAGCGGUGACAUACACAUAGCCACGCUUAAUACUCGGUCACUUAGAACCCCAGAGAAACUUAUCGAACUAGAAACAGAAUUCAACAAAAUUAACUGGGACAUUAUAGGAAUAAGUGAAGUACGAAGACUAGGAGAAGAAAUAGAAGACCACGGAAAUUAUAUACUACAUUAUAAAGGAGAAACACCAGGACAAUAUGGUGUUGGCUUUUUGAUAAAAAAGAAACAUACUAACCGAAUAGAAGAAAUUAAAGGAAUAACUGAUAGAAUAGCAAUACUUAAUAUCAAACUUCCCGUAAAAAAUAACAGAGAUGAAUUAUGGUCAAUUAUCCAAGCCUACUCGCCAACUGAAGCGGAUAACAAACAAGGUAAUGAACGAAUUGAAGAAUUUUAUCAAAAAUUACAAAAUACAGUUGA